AGGCAUUUAUCAUAAUGUUAACUUAUCUUUCGAAUAGUGUCUAUGAACCUAAUCUUAAUGAGGCAAAACAGGAAAUUAUCGUAUCUAAUUUGCAUUAUUUGCUUUAUUGUUACACUCAAUAAAUUUAUAUAUCCUUCAGUCACGUGAAUUUGAUAGAAUAUAUCUUCAAAUCAGUCGAUAUUAAUCUUACACAGCAAAAAAGUGGAAUUUAUAUAAAUGUUCUGGUUAAACGUUUUAACGUUUAUCUUUAAUUGCUAACACGAUUAAUCAAACAUCGUUUCGUAAUUCAUUCGUGAGAGGUGCUGUUUACACAGAUUGUGCGGAAGUACAAUAGUAUAAUACAGUAGCAUCACAUCCGCUUUUCUUGUCUUCUCUGACGUUUAUCCUCAUUCCAACGAACUGUUCGGAUGGCGCUUGCGCAUGGCUCUCCUUGUUCUUGGCAAGCGCGUGGACGGCAGUACUUGUUCGACCUUUGCAGCACGUGGACCUUUGCAUCACUCUUUCAUUAAUCGCUAAAGCGUUGGAUUUAGUCUCUGUCAAUAGAUAAAUUCUGCAUUGAGCGCAAACACAUUACAAACUCUUUAAUUAAAUGAUGUUUGUCUGAUUCAAAAUUUCUUGUUCUUUUGAUUUAUAUGACUUUUCUUAUUCGUAAAGUGAGAAAAACUCCUUUGAUGUGCCAAGAUUUGUGCAAUUAGAAGAAGAAUUUAUUCAUUAAUUAAACUAUGAGGCAAUAUAGAACAUUUCUUAAUAGAGAAACAUUAAUAAGUGUGUGCCUCUUUCUGGGAUUCGUACCGAAGAUAGAUGCCAAGAGUAAAUCGUAUCAUCUAAAAUUAAAUGGAGAUCUGAUAUUGGGUGGUUUAUUUCCAAUGCAUGAGGCUGGAAUCGGAACCGAUCCAGAUAGGGCGUGUGGAAAAAUCAAAGAAGAGAAAGGUAUACAGAGAAUGGAAGCAAUGUUAUACGCUCUAGAUCAGAUAAAUGAAGAUAAUGAUCUUUUACCUAAUGUCACACUGGGCGCGUUUAUAUUGGACACCUGUUCCAGAGAUACGUACGCUCUAGAACAAAGCAUGGAGUUUGUUAAGACGUCGUUAACUUCUAUGGACGAUUCCGAAUAUCACUGUACAGAUGGAAAUCGUCCAAUUUAUACUCCAAGGAAGCCUGUUUCUGGUGUUAUUGGAGCCGCUUCUAGCACAGAAUCUGUUAUGGUUGCCAAUAUAUUACGACUCUUUAAGACUCUUGUGUUUACUUUGGAAUUAAUCAAUUUAAUUUUUGAUGAUUAAGUUAAUUUGAUAACACCACAAUAAAAUUGAAUUUGAAUGAAAUAAUGAGGAAAAGACGAUUUAUGCAAUAUUGACAAAGGAGGAGAAGACUGAUGAAAUUCAGCUGGGUAAGCCAAACUUAAAUAAACUAUCAGUCAGUUCAGUGGAAAAAAAACCCAUGAAUAAAACUCUUUAACUUUAAUACGUUUAUCAAAACAAUUUAUCAUCAAAUUUUUAACGAGAUUUGAAUAUUAUUAAUCUAAUUUUUAACGACUUUUUUUUAAAAUUUAACGAUAACUAACUCAGGAAACUGACACAGAAUUUUAUUUAAAAUAAUUUAGAAUUUUUUAUAUUUAAUCAGUCAUA